CUCUCCGACAGCACCGGCAAGGGUUCAGGGUCUCGGACCCCGUAGCUGCUGCAGCCGUUAGGGAGCGAUAGUAGCGCAAGCUGACCAUUCCGAGGCUCCCGAUGCUCCCGAGCGGGCCAAGAUAUAUUAGGGCUGCUCACCGCGAUGGUUAAACGAUUUGUCACAGACUACGUAAGCACGUCAAGCAACAGCUAUCAUCUCUCGGCAUAAUACAAAAACAACACUUCGCAUAUACACAUCCGAAGAGCAACAUGCCUACCUACGCAAUCCUUGGCGCCACCGGCAAAGUCGGUGGCCACGUCCUGCAGACUCUCCUCAAGCGGCCAGACGUGCACAUCAAGGCCUUUGUCCGGUCCCGGGCCAAGCUGCUGAAGCAGUUUCCACAGCUCAGUAGUGAUCCAGCAAUCAAGAACCGCUUCGACGUACACGAGGGCGACAUCUCCGCCAUUGACGUGCUAGCUUCCUGCCUGCGCGACACCGACGCUGUGUUCCUCUGCGUAGCAGCGUUUACCAGUAUUCCCGGGAACCGCAUCGCGCAGGACCAGGCCGAGAGCGUCGUUGCCGCCCUCGAGCAGGUCUGUGGCGGGAGGGACAAGCGUACCGUCAAGCUGCCGACACUGAUCAUGUUGUCCUCCUCCGAGACGGAGCAGGCAAUUAAUGACAUAGGCUGGCCGUUGUGCAGUAUUCUCUUCGCGAUAAAUUGGUACAUCUACACCGAUCUCAUGAAGGCGGAGGAGUACCUUCGCCAGCGUAGUGACUGGAUCGACGCGGUCUUUUUCAAGCCGGCCGGAAUCUCUCACGACGAGCCCGCAGGGCAUGUUUUAUCUACAGAGCGAUCUCAGACUUAUGUUAGCUUCUGGGAUGUAACGGCGGCGAUGGUGCAGCUUGCUGACGAGGGAGAGCGGUGGGUCGGCAAGAGCGUCACUGUGCAGAGUAAGAAGAAGGCGAAGUUUCCAAAGGAACACAUCCCACUCUUGUUCCAGGGCUUGGUCUUGUAUAUAUUCCCAUUUCUGCAUAAGUGGUUGUCUUAGCUCCCUCUAUUUAGAUAAUCACUGCAGUACUUCGAGCUUUCCGGUAGUAUUAGACGCUUGGGAUUUUGAUUCCGGUAUAGCUUCUAUAAAAGGAGAUGACUUAUUAUGUUCUUGAAAAUCUAGUUAGGCCAGCGCCGUUUAUUAUAUAACACUCAUCGUCACCGGACGCCCUUAGUUAGCCGUAGGCCAGUAACGACUCAACCAGCAGGUCGCAGGAUCUGGCCAAGGACAAGGGCGGAUUAUACACGCGGGGCAGGCACACCCAAGGUUCAUUACCGAAUCAAGAACCCUUAUGUCAGCAGGAAUGGAUAUGUUGGAUCGCAACAUAUCCAAACAUGUCCAAGGAACUGCGAUGAAGGACAAAGGUGC